AUGGCUACCUUGAUCCCUCGGCGGUUUCGUGCUGCUGCCCCCGAAGAGGAGGCGCCUGAACCGAGCUGGUUGAAGAAACAGGUCACAAAUGUCCUGCAAGCGGUAUCUCGUCGUGCCUGUGCUCAUCCCAUCCAUACCAUUGUGGUAAUCGCCCUCCUUGCCAGUACCACCUAUGUCGGCCUUCUCGAAGGCAGUAUCUUCGACGCCUUCCGCCAUACCGGCAGCGGAUCAAACCAGCUAGAUCCUUCGUCAUUCUUGCAUGGUAGCCGACUUCUUCAUCUUGGUGAACAGACUUCCUGGCGGUGGCAGGUUGAAGAUAAGGGAGUAUCCGAAUCUACCGAGAUCUCCCAACAUUUGGCCCUGACUACAUUCAUCUUUUCCGACUCGACCGCAUCCAAUACCCCCGUAGUUGAGGACAUUGCUAUUCCGGAAAAUGUCUCGGCUGUUCACGUUCCACACACUCCCAAUCUGUUCUCUGCCUUCUCGCACGAUUCACCCGUCGCCCUGGCUGUUCCGUUUGACAAUCUGCCCGAUUUCCUCAGGGCAGUACAGGAGAUCAAUGACCCGUCAGCUGAUGACGAUGGGCUUGAGCACCGCAAGUGGAUAAUGAAAGCCGCUCGGGGUGAAGGCUCUGAGCGCGCUCUGAUGCUCUGGCUGUCAGAUGCCUGGAGCUCGUUUGUGGAUCUGAUCAAGCAUGCGGAGACAAUCGACAUUGUUAUCAUGACUUUGGGUUAUAUUUCAAUGCAUCUUACCUUCGUCUCGCUCUUCCUUUCGAUGAGACGGCUAGGCUCACAGUUCUGGUUGGCCACCUCAGUUCUCUUCUCGAGCGUGUUUGCUUUCUUGUUCGCACUUUUGGUGACUACCAAACUCAAUGUCCCAAUCAACAUGCUGCUACUUUCCGAGGGCUUGCCCUUCUUGGUUGUAACGGUUGGCUUCGAGAAGCCCACGCUCCUAACCAAAGCAGUACUCUCGGCCUCUAUCAGCAAAAAGGCCGGAACAAACGGUCAGGUGCACUCCGCUAGGUCUAUCCAAGACUCCAUUGAGUUGGCCAUCAAAGAGCAGGGCUUUGGUAUCGUUCGAGACUACCUCAUUGAGAUUACGGUUUUGGUUAUCGGUGCCAUUUCGGGUGUUCAUGGUGGCCUUCGCCAGUUCUGCUUCUUGGCCGCCUGGAUCUUGUUCUUCGACUGCAUUCUUUUGUUCACCUUCUACACUACAAUUCUCUGCAUCAAGCUCGAAAUCAACCGCAUCAAGCGCCACGUCGCGCUUCGCAAAGCCCUGGAAGAAGACGGUGUUUCUCGUCAGGUUGCUGAGAACGUAGCUUCCAGCAAUGACUGGCCGCAAAUCGAUUCUAGCGAUAGCAAGAAUGGCGUUGCAGGCGUUCUGUUUGGCAAGAAGAACCAGGCCGGUAGCGUGUCUAAAUUCAAGCUUCUCAUGGUAGGAGGCUUCGCUUUGGUCAACGUUGUCAAUCUUGGGUCAAUCCCUUUCCGAAAUAUCGACCAGGGAACUGCCAUUCCUGUUCUAUCGAGAUUCUCUAAUGUGUUGGCAUCGGCUCCCAUUGAUCCUUUCAAAGUCGCGGAUAACGGCCUGGAUUCCAUCUAUGUCACUGCAAAGAGCAACAAGUUGGAAACUCUCGUCACUGUUCUUCCUCCUAUCAAAUACAAGCUCGAGUACCCUUCAAUUCACUACGCGAACUCUGACCACACUGGAAAGUUUGAUAUCGAGUACACUGAGCAGUUCUUGGAUGUUGUUGGAGGAAAGGUAUUGGAGAGCCUCUUGAAGAGUGUUGAAGAUCCCGUGAUCAGCAAAUGGAUUAUCGCAGCUUUGACGCUUAGCAUUGUUCUGAACGGAUAUUUGUUCAAUGCAGCACGCUGGGGUAUUAAGGAACCCGAACCGGAGGCACCAGCCAAGGAAACUCCCGUUGUCGAAACCCCCAAGGUUUUGGUCGAGUAUAAGGACGAUGGCACGAAGAGGACCAAGGAAGAAGCCGAGGCUAUGUUGAAGGAGAAAAAGGCAUCCCUACUAAAUGACGAAGAACUCAUUGAACUGUCGUUGCGGGGCAAAUUACCUGGCUAUGCUCUUGAAAAGACGAUGGAAGACCAGCCUAUCAUGACCCGCCGAGAGGCGUUCACCCGAGCUGUCAAGAUUCGUAGAGCUGUCGUUUCACGGACUCCUGCAACGGCCGCGGUUGCUAGCAACUUGGAAUCAUCCCUGCUGCCGUACAAGGACUAUAACUAUGGUCUCGUCCACGGCGCAUGCUGCGAAAACGUUAUUGGCUAUUUACCCUUGCCCCUUGGUGUUGCGGGACCUUUGGUUAUCGAUGGACAGAAUUACUUUAUUCCAAUGGCUACCACAGAAGGUGUCUUGGUUGCCAGCGCUAGCCGUGGUGCCAAAGCAAUUAAUGCUGGUGGUGGUGCAGUUACUGUGGUUCAUGGUGACGGUAUGACUCGAGGCCCCGGUGUGAGCUUUCCUACCCUUGCACGAGCUGCCGAAGCCAAGAACUGGAUUGAUUCCGAGGAGGGUGCGAGCAUAUUGAAAGCGGCCUUUGAUUCAACCAGUCGAUUUGCCCGUCUCCAGCACCUCAAGACAGCUCUGGCUGGUACCAAUCUGUACAUCCGGUUCAAGACCACGACGGGUGAUGCCAUGGGAAUGAACAUGAUUUCCAAGGGUGCCGAAAAGGCUCUUCAAGUAAUGGCCACCGAGUGUGGCUUUGACGAUAUGACCGUUAUCUCUCUGUCAGCGAACUACUGCACUGAUAAAAAGGCCGCCGCCAUCAACUGGAUUGAUGGCCGUGGAAAGUCUGUUGUUGCCGAGGCUAUCAUUCCGGGUGACAUCGUCAAGUCUGUUUUGAAGAGCAAUGUUGAAGCCAUGGUGGAACUCAACAUCAGUAAGAACCUGAUUGGAAGUGCAAUGGCCGGCGCUCUGGGAGGCUUCAAUGCGCAUGCCUCCAACAUUGUGACUGCCAUCUUCCUCGCCACAGGGCAGGAUCCUGCACAGAACGUCGAAAGCAGUAAUUGUAUUACAAUCAUGAGAAACUUGAAUGGCAACCUUCACAUCUCCGUAUCCAUGCCCUCAAUCGAAGUUGGCACCAUUGGCGGCGGCACGAUUCUCGAGGCCCAAUCCGCAAUGCUAGAAAUGCUCGGAGUCAGAGGACCGCAUCCCACCAACCCCGGCGAAAACGCGCGCCAGUUGGCUCGAAUUGUUGCUGCCGGUGUUCUUGCCGGUGAGCUUAGCUUGUGCGCUGCUCUUGCUGCCGGCCAUCUCGUCAAGGCACACAUGGCGCAUAACCGUAGCCAGGCUCCCACGCGAUCUGCGACUCCUGUAUCAGCAGCCGUUGGUGCUGCGCGGAGUAGUGCUGGGCUUAGCAUGACUUCGGUGAAGUGA